GCCUCAGCGGGCGUCGCCCCGACUCGCCUCAGCGGGUCGCCCGUGUCUGCCACAUAAGAGAGCGACUGCCGCCACUCCCUGUUUUUUAUUUUUUUUUGGCUUUCCAAUUCUUUUCUCCCGAUUCUCUGUCCCAAGCAGCUCGAGAGAUGCCACUUUUGUAGGGUUUUGUGGUACGAGAACCCGGUGCUUCGAAUCAAUCUCGGAAUAUAAAUCUGCCGAUCUCUCUAUUUUGCAGCGGCAUCGUAGGUCUUGAAAAUUAUCGGGUACCAUGGAAUUAGAAGUCCAGUGGUGAGAUGAGGUGCAAUGCUUGCUGGCGAGAAUUGGAAGGGAAAGCCAUAUCAACCACCUGUGGUCAUCUCUUGUGCACUGAGGAUGCAAGCAAGAUACUCAGCAACGAUGCUGCAUGUCCAGUUUGUGAUCAAGUGCUCUCCAAAAGCCAUAUGAGACCAGUGGACAUAAAUCCUGGGGAUGAAUGGAUAAAUAUGGCAAUGGCUGGAGUUUCCCCGCAAAUUCUCAUGAAGAGUGCAUAUCGAAGUGUGAUGUUUUACAUUGGACAAAAGGAAUUGGAGAUGCAGUACAAAUUGAACAAGCUUGUUGGGCAAUGCCGACAGAAAUGUGAGGCCAUGCAGGAAAAAUUUACAGAAAAAUUGGAGCAAGUGCAUAUGGCAUACCAAAAAAUGGCCAAGAGGUGCCAGAUGAUGGAACAAGAGAUUGAAAGCUUAUCAAAAGAUAAGCAAGAACUACAAGAAAAAUAUGCUGAGAAAUCCAGGCAGAAGAGGAAACUAGAUGAGAUGUAUGAUCAGUUGAGAAGUGAGUAUGAGUCUGUAAAGCGUACAGCAAUCCAACCUGGAGGCAACUUUUUUCCAAGAACUGAACCAGACUUGUUCUCAGGCAUGGGUAAUAUGAUGGAUAGCAGAGACCCCCUCAGACAAGAUCGUUCGGUUGUUACCCCUGAAACUCCAGGGCAGAGAGAGGACAUGUGGCCUUCAGCCAGACAGAAGAAUUCCAACUCGGGUGCCUAUGACCUUUCUGGGGGCUCACCAGCAAAGAUUGCACCAGUUCCUGUAGAUGCUGGAAUCAGGAGACAGGCACACUCUUUGUUUGGACUUGGUCCGAGCAAUCCUGCUUCUACUUUGCGCAAUCUCAUAAUCUCACCCAUGAAGCGGCCCCAGCUGUCACGUAGCCGCCCUCACUUGUUUACAUAAGGUUCAUUCUCUGGUUGGUUUUCAAUAAGCUGUUGGGAUAAUGUUCCAGUAGACACAUGCCUAUCAAGCAGGUGGUGCCUCUGAGUUUGAUACUGUUUCAGCAGGGAUGCAGUCUGCUGGUUGAUGCCUCAAUCAAGACAAGCAACAUAUCAACAUGGUCCUCUUUUUAAUGCUGCUGUAAAUGUUUUUUUUCUGACUGAUCAAACUGAUGUUUUAGGCUGUAACAUAGGAGGGCAGCUGGGAAUGUUGCUGUUUAGUCAUUGCCAUUAGCAGUCUCUCUUUUCUCUUUACAAAAUAGCUAGAUGUUAAAAGGAACUAUCAUCUGACACAAUGAUAUCAUAAUACU